UUGCUUUACUUAGAAGCAGCUAAUUAAGAAACAAUGGCCUCCACCACCAACUGUGUUCAUGUACUCACCUUAUUUGUUAUAGUAACCACUUCAAUGUUUACGGUUACUAUAGCAAACAAGGACUGGCCCUCCUUUGGCAACUUUAACUACACUGAUUGGUGGUCUAGAUUUGGAAACCAUAAUCAUCAAAUGAAUAAGACACAACAAGAAUCCAAAAACAUCAUCGUUGGUGGCUCUCAAAAUUGGCAGUUUGGCUAUAACUACUCCGAUUGGGCUAUCAAGAGUGGUCCUUUCUACCUCAAUGAUACUCUCGUUUUCAAAUAUGAUGCUCCAAAUGCAACUACUUUCCCACAUAGCGUUUAUAUGUAUUCAAGUUGGAAGAGCUUCAUGAAGUGUGAUGUUAAGAAGGCUAAGAUGCUUGCCAAUCACACACAAGGCGUUGGAAAGGGAUUCAAGUUCGUGUUAAACAAAUGGAAGCCUUAUUACUUUUCAUGCGGUGAGAAAAAUGGAUUACAUUGCAACAUUGGACAAAUGAAGUUCUCUAUUAUGCCAAUGAUGCGACCUUUCUGGCCAUCACGGCCUUGAGAAAAAAUUAUAUGUUUACAACAUCUUGCUAUACCUAGCUAGAUUUUGUAAAUGUGGAAACACAUUGAGCUUUUGAGUUUUAUUGUUUUCUCUUCUUAAUUUUUAAUAUAUGUUUUAAUAAAUUAAAAUAAAGAGUGGUUUUCUUGGU